AUGUCACUUUUCCCUCGCUCCUUCCACCUAGCGGAACCUCGCUAUGGGGCCUUUUCGAGAUUCCUUGACGACAUUGCCCAUUACUCUCAUGGCCCUGGCAGUGGAGGGCUCUCUGAACAUAAGGCAAUCAAUCCAUUCCAACCCACCUUCGACGUUAGUGAGAUGGAAGAUGGCUACGAACUCCAUGGGGAACUGCCUGGCUUGGACAAGAAUGACAUCAAGAUCGAGUUUGUCGAGCCGCAAACCCUCAUUAUCCACGGCCAGGUUCAGAGGUCCUACACUAUGGGUGAACCACCUGCAGACGUGGCCGAAUCCAUGUCACUUGGCAGUGGUGGAUCUGAGACCAGCAGCCACAAGGGUAAGAAAGAGGGUCAGAUAGACAAGGCGAAGGGAUCCUCUCUCGCAGGCAAGAGGAAGGCUACAGUCUCUACCGAACCCAAGUUUUGGGUCGCUGAGCGGAGUGUUGGUCAGUUCUCGCCUUUCCCCAUCAUUAUUAAGCAGGACGGUGUGAUUGCAAGCCUGGACAAGGGGAUCCUGUAUAUAAAGAUUCCUAAGUGUGAAAAGACCCAGGGUUAUCAGAUUAUGAUAGAUUAG